AUGAGAAAUCUUACUUUGACAAACCUCUAUAUAACUCUUAUGGUAUUUGCCAUCUUUGUGAAAAACGGCUUUAAUGUUAAUGCCUCAACUAUCGAAGCAACAUUACAAAGAAAUAUUCACGAUAAAGAAUUAAUAGCUCGACAACAACCCGAAACAAUAUCUUGUAGUGAAAAAUUCGAUGACAUCCGUAAAUCCACUGCUGCGGAUGUUGGGAUACCUGAAAAUACAAUUAUUACAAAACUAACUAUGGAAUGCAACAGUAAAUUAGUAAGAGCUAGUGUUAAUAGUUACGGAUUACGGAAAUAUAUUGACAACCGGUUUGUUGAUAUUAAAGGUGUUACUAUGAAACCAUUAGAAGACACAGCAAUUCCUAAAAAUAUAGGAUGGUUUAUUAUUGGAAGAUAUUUACUCAGUGCAGAUCCUUCUGAAUGUCUUAAUGCUCCCCAAGAAGGAUUGUAUGUUUCAGCUCAUCUAUGUGUGAGUGUCAGUGAGCCAGGUUAUGAAGAAUCGUAUGAUGUACCAUGUACAACUGAACAAAAUUUUAUACAAGGUUGUCCUCCUAACUCUAAAAAACCUGACUCCGAAGACCCUGAUUCUGAAAACCCUGAUUCUGAAAACCCUGAUUCUGAAAACCCUGACGCUGAAGAUCUUUUUCCUUGUUACAACAAUACCUCUUCUACCAUUUCCUCUAGCACCACCACCUCUUCCCCUAGUACUACCUCUUCCCCUCUAUAUUGCACUCCUACUAAAUUAAAUUCUUCCUCCUCUCCCUUUUCUCCUUCCUCUUUUCUCGCUUUCUUUCCUUUUGUCUUUUCUUUUAUCUCUUUUUUCCUAUUGUGA